CUGGCCGGCCAUCACGUCUUAAUAAAACUCAGCUCUGCCGUGCUGCUGAAUCCAUUAAGAUUCUCUAGUGGAGCUCAGUUUGGACUGCAGCACAGGUGCAAAGACUGGGGCCGGGUUUCUAUAAGGGGAGGGAGCGAAGGGGAAGUCAGACUUAAAGAAGGUGCAGUGGAGUGCCAGGGGUGCUUUUACGUCACAUCUUCCCUCAGGGUGCUGGUGACGCCCACAGAGACCCAAAUUGAACACAGGGCCAAAGCAGUUUCAGCAGUACUCAAAAUGGCACCCAAGAAGGACGCUAAGGCACCGGCCAAGAAGGCCGAACCUGCACCCGUACCUGCACCGGCACCAGAGCCAGCUCCAGCUCCAGCCGCUCCCGCUGUCGACCUGUCCGCCAUCAAGAUAGAAUUCAGCGCAGACCAGAUUGAAGAUUACAGGGAGGCCUUUGGUCUGUUCGACAGGGUGGGUGACAACAAGGUGGCCUACAACCAGAUCGCAGACAUCAUGCGCGCUCUUGGACAGAACCCCACCAACAAGGAGGUGAACAAGCUGUUGGGAAACCCCUCCGCUGACGACAUGGUCAACAAGAGAGUAGAAUUUGAGGCUUUCCUGCCCAUGCUCCAGAGCAUCAUCAACAGCCCGAACAAGGCACAAUUUGAGGACUAUGUUGAGGGUCUGCGUGUCUUUGACAAGGAGGGCAAUGGCACAGUAAUGGGUGCUGAGCUGCGUAUUGUCCUGUCAACACUGGGAGAGAAGAUGACAGAGGGUGAGAUCGACGCUCUCAUGGCAGGACAGGAGGAUGAGAACGGCUGUAUCAACUAUGAGGCUUUUGUCAAGCACAUCAUGUCUGUGUAAGGACCCUGCCACUGCGGUGGUGAGCAUGGAAUAAGUGCAGACCCCAUGGUGUCGCGACAUCCACUCGCUGUUUCCUGCACCAUCUGUGGAAGCAGGGGGAACAAAGGACUAUGAGAUGUCAUUUCCUAAAUCUUCCUUUUAUUUUGUCCUACUUUUUUCCUUCUCUUUUGUCCAAAUGGUGCUUUUUUUCCCCCUCUUUCCCUUUCCCUACUCCUGCCUCACGGGAAGCUGUAACAAUUUGCCACGAGGUGCUUCUUUUUCUCAUCUCCAUCCAAGUCCCCCUGAAUCAUUGGGGUUUUUGCUAUCACAGAGGAACAGUGACGGAGAAGGAGGUGGAACGAUGAGCCCCCCACACUUUCUGUUUGAUUGGCUGAAUAUCUGCCAAUAAAGUGACUGGUUUGGCCCAGGACCGGCCAUCAAAAUGAAUCCACCCCUAACUCGACCCAUCCCUGAGUCUUAACUUAUUGUAUCCUCUGCCAUUCACAAUAAACUUUUCACACUCUCAUUUCACUUUCCAUUUUUGA